UAUUCUUCUUGAGCAUGCCGAUUGUUGCUGUUGCUGUUGUCAAAAAAUUGCCGGUUGACGUACUUGACGUGUGUUUUUGAAUUAAAAAACUGAGUUUUGCGGUUGAACUCUGCAAUUAGAUUUCCCUUGACGUUUCAGCUUUACAAGCAAGAAUGUCCUAUCAGAACAAACGUCGUGGUGGUGGUUACCACCAGAAACAAGGAGGAAAUAGAUUUUACGGAGGUCCGUCCCGGAGGGCGCACCUAGAGGUUGGACAGCGAGGCUUUCUCUGCACUUGCAACAACUACGAGAAGGAGUGCACCAAAGAGGCCAUGAAUCUGCUCAACGAAUAUGCUGACAAACUAUUUGGACAGGAGGAUUGGCGCCAAAAUGCAUCUGUACAGGAGACUCCGACAGUUGAAGGAGUUGAGGCUCAGAAAGAGGAGGUUGAAGAAGAGGAUGAGGAGGACAUCAGCAAAACCCUGAAAAAGGAAAUAGAUGAAUUGAAACAAGAAUCGAGAAAGCCAGUUUCUCAACAGAGAUUCCGAGCAGUUGACUCCGGUGCUAAGAAUCUGAUCUUCAUUAGCUCCAAUGUGCCUGACCCUGUUCUACUUGCACACACCCUUCUGACUGACCUGAAGACCUCUGGCAUUGGCCGAAGUCGAUUCCUGCAGAGACUUCUGCCCGUCCAAGUCACUUGCAAAGCAAACCUUGAUGACAUUUCCAAAGCAGCCAGCCCCUUAUUUGACAAAUACUUUGCUGAGGGAAACAAAACCUUCUCCAUCAUCUACAAGUGCAGAAACAAUUCAGCAAUGACUCGAGACCCAGUGAUUGAAACUCUGGCCAACUUGGUCAGCCUGAAAAAUGCCUCCAACCAUGCAAACCUCAGCCAGCCACAAUUAGUAGUGCUCGUCGAGAUCAUUCGUGGCUUGUGCUGCAUCUCUGUACUGCCAGAGUACUUGGAACUGGCAAAAUACAACCUGCUGGAAGUAGUGGCUCCACCAAAGACGGACAAAAAAGAAAAUCCGGCAGAUGGAGCUGGAGGUUCCAUUGACGAGCCUGAGGAAGAAACUGCAAAGGAAUCUUCUCCUCAGGUUGACGAUGUGAGUCCCGCCAAACAGGCUAAAGAAACGUGAUACAAGGUAGAGACCCCACUUCCCUAACUUCCUCCUCUGUUUUUUCUUUUCCUUUUUUUUGCGGCAAAAUGAAGGAACCAAAAAUGCUGUGCAAAAUAUAAUAAAAAAAUAUUUUGAUAUUGGGUCACAAAUUAGAAUUUUU